GAGUGCGACUUGUUGAACGCCGUUUCAAUUGUUACUGUAGGAACGACCGCGCGAGUUACUACCUUGAUUUGGCGUUUAACAUUCUCGCGUACGUUUUCAAGGGUUUCUACUUGAUUGCAAAGACAAGUUUGGCUACCAGCGGGCAUGUAAAUUUGCGAAAUUCGACGUCAGUGUAUGUUGUCCAUCAUUCCACUUGGUUGGUGUGAACUUACUCGAGUGCUUGUACUUUAUUGAACUUUGUUUUCGCCUGUUUGCUGUGAGUUAUGAGAAGUUAAUUUCGUGCCAUUUUGGGAUAUAAUCAAGAAACAUAAUUAAAGAUGGACUGGUUUUUGAAAAUAGUAACAUUAUUAUCCCUCUCAACCUCCAUAUCAACAUUCGAAGACUUUAAGCCGUGCUUCGAAAUCUCCAGAGACCUGUGGUUCCCCUGCACGUGCGCCCUUGGCCCUAUCGAGCAAGCCCUAGAAGGCAACCCCUCCAUAGCUAUCAACUGCGACAGGGUGGUUUUCUCAAGCGAACUCCCCUCUUUACCGUAUGGGGCGCCCAUAGUAUCUUUCAGCCAGAGAUGGGCCGGACACCAAUCUUUACCCACCCAGGUAUUCUCAUCGACGGAUCUUCCCCUGAGGAGCAUAGACCUCUCGGGAAAUCUGUUGAGGAGGCUGACGGAAAGGAUGUUGUUCGGCUUGCAAUCCACUUUGGUCGAACUGCGACUCGCAGAUAAUCUUCUAGGGGACAACUUAAAUCCUAUAUUCUCCACCACUGAGUUUCGGGGUUUGACUCACCUGCAGCUGCUGGAUCUGAGUGGGAACGGGAUAAAAGCUAUCGAGGAAGGGACUUUGGAGGGGUGCGACAAUUUAAAGAAACUGUAUUUGGACAGAAAUAGUUUCAGUUUCAUCCCGAGUAUGUCACUGAACGGUCCUCAUUUUCUUCGCUUGCUAUCUUUGAAGGAUAAUAGGAUUGACACCAUCAAACGUGGUGCGUUUCAAGCACAAAAGCACUUGGAAGAAAUAGACGUGGGCAGUAAUCUGAUUUCUCAAAUAGAGGGACAUGCAUUUUCAAAUUUAGAUAAAUUAAAGACCUUAAAGUUGUCCCAUAAUCGAUUGUCCAGGUUUAACAGUGACGUUUUCCAAGGGGCGGACAACCUGGUGCAGCUGGACUUGUCGCAAAAUUUUAUUACGGACUUUCCCGCAGUCGCCUUGAAAGUCUUUGAAAAUUUGCAAUAUCUAAAUUUAUCCUCGAACUUAAUUCAGAGCCUCGACAACAGCAACUUGGCGUCCCUGAGCAAUCUGUACCAAUUAGAUCUCAGCCGUAAUAACCUGGCCAAUAUAGCACCGGGGACAUUUUUGGGUUUGAAGCAGUUGCGGAAAUUGGACAUAGGCGUUAAUUCGUUGAGAACGAUUGAAGACGACGCAUUCGAAGGCCUGAACAACCUGGAAUUCCUAAAUCUCAAGGACAAUAACAUCCUCCUCAUUCCUGCGUCGGCUUUGGGUCGGCUGCCAAAGUUAACGUCCCUGCAGCUCGACUAUAAUCGCGUGGCAGCACUAUCGGCAGACAUUUUACGUUCCAUGGCAGACAAAGUAACCAAACUGAUAAUUUCCAAGAAUAUAGUCAGAGAACUGCCAUCGGGAUCUUUCCAGUACUUCCAGCAGUUGGAGUCCUUGGAUUUAUCGAGGAACUUGAUCAGCACCUUGAGCUCCGAUGCAUUUACGGGCUUAGAAAACACUCUAAUUAGUUUAGAUUUGUCGCAAAACCGUAUUUCGAACUUGGCCGGACCUUUAACGCUAACGAGCUUAGAGAUUUUAGACUUGAGCGAUAAUCAGUUGACAGAGCUCUCGAGGAACACCUUCAGUUUACUUUCCGAGUUGCGAAAUCUGAAUUUAAGUAGAAAUGUGCAUUUAAGCAACGUGCCCGGGGUGCUUUUACACAAACUUACUAACCUGCAAACCGUCGACCUGAGUUACAGCAGUAUUAAAAGUAUUCCUGUGGAGUUUUUCGCAAAGUCAAACGCUCUUAGGGAGAUUUAUUUGUCGCGCAACUCCAUUACGGAAAUUACGGAAGCGAGUUUCGCCAAUAUGCCUAACAUUACCACGAUCGAUUUGUCUUACAACAACAUUACGAAUAUUAAAGCUGGCUCGUUCGUCAACGUAAUGAACAUUAAAAAAUUGGUACUGAAAGGGAACCAACUGAGUUCGUUUAAAGGCGAAUUCUUCAACACGGGCACUAGCCUAGAAUCCUUGGAUAUUUCGGAAAAUCAACUCAGCUAUUUAUUCCCGUCGUCGUUCAGAAUACAUCCGAGACUAAAAUCCAUUUUCGCUGCAAACAACAAAUUCAAUUUCUUCCCGGCCGAGUUAAUAGCCAACUUACAGUUCUUGGAAUACAUCGACUUGUCCAACAAUGAGUUGAAAACCGUCGAGGAACUAGACUUCGCCAGACUUCCGAAACUAAGAACGCUGCUAAUGGCAAAUAACCAGUUAGAGUCUAUCAGCGAAAUGGCCUUCCACAACUCCACCCAGUUACAAAUCUUGGAUCUGUCCAAUAACAAACUGGAUAGGCUUGGCGAGAGGACCUUCGAGGGUCUGGUACGACUACAAUUGUUAGACUUGGAGGGAAACAUCCUGGAAGACCUUCCCGAGACUAUUUUCGAAAGGGUACGGCUACAAAUGCUAGAGAACAUAAACUUGGCUAGGAAUCUUUUCGAAAUUGCUCCCUUAAGGUCCCUGCAAAGGCAGUACUUCUUUGUGUCAUCGGUAGAUUUGUCCCGCAACAAGCUGAGGGAGAUACCGGCGGACGACAGCAUAAUGGUGAACAUAAAAAAAUUAGACUUGUCUUUCAAUCCCCUGUCGGAGAAAGCCGUGCGUAAUAUUCUCGGAGAACCCAAAACCGUGCGUGAGUUAAAUUUGGCCGGUACGGGGAUAAAAAUGGUCCCCCAUCUAGAGACGCCGUUUUUGAGACACCUGAACUUGUCGUUUAAUAAUAUAACGCUGUUAAAUGAGAAUAUUUUUGAGAGGGUUACCUUGCUGGAGGAGAUCGAUUUGUCUAAUAACAAAAUACCGGACAUUUCCAAUUAUUCCAACAUCUGGAAGCUCCUGCACAACUUGCAGACUUUGAACAUCUCCGCAAAUCCUAUAGUUUCCAUUUCACAGGCCGACUUUGUUGGAUUGGAAAUAUUAAGACACUUAAGCCUGCACUCUUUAAGCGAAUGCAAUCUCAUAGAAAAAAAUGCCUUCAAAUCCAUACCUAAUCUAUCAGUACUCGAGGCUUACGACUAUCCCAAGCUAGGAUACCUGGAUAUUCAAGGCUUGCUCCAAAACAUCCCCUUGAUAGAAAAAAUAAACAUCGAAACUAAAGACGCUGCCGUCGGGAGCGACCAACUUCAGUCUUUACUGCACCCCAGACUCAAGGAACUGGGUAUAAGGGGUUCCAGACUUCGAAGCAUUUCUUCUGGGACUCUUUCGGGCCUCAAAGGACCUGACGUCAUUAUUCGUCUUAUAAACACUUCUCUAACUUCGCUGCCGCCUGCUCUGUUUUUCCCAGUGCCUAGAUCUACUAAGAUUACGUUGGACGUUGCCGGUAGCCAGCUGACUACCAUCAGUCCCCAGAUGUUAGCUACCCUUGAAGACAGGAGAGGCGACUUGAAGAUCAUGGGGCUCGAGAGUAACCCAAUAAUUUGCGAUUGCAGUGCUAGAGCUUUGAGGAGGUGGUUACCGUCGCAUAUGACUGCGGUGGUGUGCUCUGGACCAGAAAACUUAGCAGGAAAACUUUUGGUAGAGGUGGGAGACGACGAACUGACUUGCGACACUAGAAAAAUAACUACCGCCUCGUCCACGCUACCUUCCACGUCGAUACAAACCAGAGGAAACCGGAUCCAACCGAAAACGACCGAACCUGACGACAUCAUAUGGUCCGUACCGACCACAGAGAAGGUAAAAUCCAAAACAAAUUCCCCCGGCCAGUCUACCUUGAACAACGACGACACUCUCAUCAUAGGCAUAGUGGGAGGAGUGGUGGCGUUCAUAGCGAUUCUGGUAAUCAUCAUCUGCAUAAUCAGACUGAAAAUGUCCAGUAACCAAUUUAACAGCCCGCCCGUAAUGCCUCCCGGGAUGGUAGGCAGUGGAAGCAGUUGCGCUUGUAGCGUAAAGGGGGCGCCUACGGUAUACGCGGUGCCUCCUUACGCCGCGGGAUAUUCUUCUACUUUGCCUCACAAAUUGACCAGCGCUCAGGGUCUGAGACCCUCGAAUUAUUCUACGAUGGGUCGGGUCCCUUACUACCAGAACGGGGCGCAGCCCUACUUCAUAGCGGCCUAUCCUUCAGACGAGAAAAUAUAUCGGUAGCCAUAUUUAACGGAGGAAGUGUAUAAAAAGGUUUGUUUUCUUGUGGAUAUACUGUAGAGUUUGGAGAUUUACAGCGGAAAGUUCUAGUGCUUAAUUAAAAUGAACGUUUUUUUUUUAUUAGGCGGUAGCGGUAGGUGCAAAUUCUAAAAAACUAUAAAACGGUAUGGAUUUAAUCUAAACAGAGUUAAAUAUGUCCGGGGAGAGUGUUGUAAAGGCACGAACAUGCACAAUGUGUCAAUAAUGUAUUUGGAUACAAAAUGUUGUCAUAUCCUAUCAGGAGAAUCAAUAUUACGUAGUUCGUCUAA